UAAAGAGCCACGAGGGCGGGUGAUGAAAAUCGAUCCCAAUAUCUCCAGAAAUCGGAAGGAGAGCUCUAACCACUUGAGCUAUACUUCACUCUCACAAUUAGACAUUUGUCAAUCGUCAUAUUUUUUUUUUUUAAAAAGGUUGUCAAUCGUCAUUUGUCAAUUCAUUAGAUAGUUUGUUUAAGCCAUGUACAAAUAACAAAUCAUUUAAUUGUCUAUCCAAAAUGAUGCAUGAUACCAAAUUUUACCAGGGCCAUUUCCUAAUUUAAAAAUAGUUUAUAAGGAUUUUCUUUAAGUGAAACUAAUACUCCUUAAUGCAAAAUUACAUAUACAAUUAGACACUUACUAAUCGUCAAGUUGUUAGAUCGACAGUUUAGGUCAUGUACCGAGAGAACGAUAUUACUUAAUCAUGUAUCCAAAAUUGAACGGUAUCCUACGAGUGAGGUAUAGCUCAAGUGGUUAGAACUUUCCUCCCGAUUCCAAAAAACCUUGGAAUCGAUUCUCAUCACCCGCCCUCGAGACUCUUUAAACAGUAAAAAAAAAAAAAAAAUAUUAAACGGUAUCCUCAAGGAAAAGACACAAUCAAUUUGUCCACUGAAAUUCUUCCAAAAUCUCUCAAAGUUGUCAACAAAUAAAAUAAAAAUGAUUAUUUCCCAUAUUAGCAAGAAAGCAACGUGACGAUUGACGCGGAUUGCAUCAUUAAUCUUGAACCCCUUUUCUUUUCAUAUUCUUCCCUCUUUAAAAAGCAACAUAAUUUAUAAAUCCCACUAAUUUUCAUUUUCAUAUAUAAAUGUGGCUUUCAUGUUACUGUUUGUAUUUGAUAACUCCUAUUUUUUCAGGCUUUACGCAACACUCAUAUUUUUCCAUAUAAAUACAUCAAAAAGCUCCAUAUUUCUACAAAAAAAAAAAUUAAAAAAUAAUGGUUCCAAGAAAUAUAUUCUUUCACAUAUUAUUCUUAUUUAUCUCGAAUUUUCUGUCCACAAAGUGUAGUUCACCACAACCUCUUGUUCCUGCGCUAUAUAUUUUUGGUGAUUCAUUAUUCGAUAGUGGGAAUAAUAAUUUAUUGCCUACAUUAGCUAAGGCUAAUUAUUUUCCAUAUGGUCUUGAUUUUCCUGGAAGUUUGCCUACGGGAAGAUUUACUAAUGGAAAAACCGUUGUUGAUUUUAUAGCUGACUACCUAGGCGUGCCGUAUCCUCCACCGCGAGUUAGUGUAUUCCGGCCGACGUCAUAUAUGGGGUAUAACUAUGCCUCUGGAUCUUGCGGAAUUCUUCCUGAAACCGGAAAGUUUAUUGGUGAAUGCUUGAAUUUGGAUGAACAAAUGAGAAUGUUCAAAGAGACAGUGGAAAAACAGUUGUCCUCAAAGUACAAAAACUCAGCCGAGCUUUCCCAAUACAUGGCCAAGUCCAUUUUCAUUUUCUCAGUGGGAAAUAAUGAUUACAUCAACACUUAUUUUGGUCCUUUUAAGACAAGGAAACAAUAUAAUCCUCGACAAUUCGCACAACUCCUCGUUGAUACAUUAUCACUAAAAUUACAGAAACUAUAUAAUUUUGGAGCAAGGAAGAUUGUGGUGUUCGAGCUAGGUCCAAUUGGUUGCAUUCCAUCAAUUGUAAGGAGUUCAAAGCUAAAUGGAAAAUGCGAUGAAAAUAAAAAUGAAAUCGUUAAUAUGUUCAACACUCAACUUGCAUUAUUGCUCAAGAAUUUAACUUCUACUCUCCAAGACUCGCAUUUUAUUAUCGGAAAAGCACAUGGACUAGGAUAUGAUGCUGUCAUCAAUCCCUCAAAAUAUGGGUUAAGAGAUAGUAGCAAUCCGUGUUGCAAUGCAUGGGGAAAUGGUACAUUCUCAUGCAUACCGGUGGAAACACCAUGCUCAGCCCCCGACGAACACUACUUUUGGGAUGGCUAUCAUCUAACUCAAGCAACAUGUUCUGUUAUUGCAUCUCAAUGUAUCAGUGGCUCUGAUGUUUGCGUUCCUAUGAACAUCCAGCAACUUGUUCAAGUUUAAAUACAGUUUCUGGCUUAA